CGAGGAUACGGCUCCGUUGCGGCUAGGGAGUGGUAUGCGGAGCUCCCGGAGGCUGUCCGGGAUUUGGUUGACUUGGCAGGGUUUGGGCCCUUCUGCUCUGGGAUAUCUCGUUGUCCGACUAGUAGGACGAUGAUGGGUGCUUUGGUGGAGAGAUGGUGGGACACCACCAACUCCUUUCAUUUCUCUGCCUCUGAGGACAUGACUAUGACCCCAUUUGACUUCGUCGUAUUGACCAGCCUUGAUAUGGGAGGCUAGGUGAUCCCAUAUGACGAGGACAUGGACCAGUGGGAGGCCUCCUGGAUCUACUUAUUGGGAGCUCGCCCGCCAGUUGACAGAUCUUCGGGUAGGGUCCGAUAUACUUGGUUUUCUUCCCAUUUCCGGAGGGUGGAGAUGGAGCCUAAGGCUCCUGAGGAGGUAGCCCAGUAUACCCGCGAAUUUCUGAUGUUCCUUUUCGGGACCACUUUGUCUGCCGACAGGGGGAACACUGUCAAACUUUAUCUGUUAAGUGCCCUAGUGGACCUAUCACAGGUCCGGCGGUAUGAUGGGGGUGGCGCCAGCCUGGCCACUCUUUAUUGCUAUAUGAGCGCGACCUCCCGCGGACGGGGGAACAUACUUGGCGGUUAUUGGAGAGCCUGGGAGCUAUGGAUCUAUGCGUACUUCCCGACGCUAGCCCCGGAGCUCGAGGUGGCGAUGCCUCCCAUGACCCCUUACUCGCUGGUAUUUGAGGGCCCUACUGGCCGAGACCUCGGGAGUCUCUUCUCUAUCUACGGCAGUACUUUGACACAGUACGGCCAUCAGAGAUCGCAUGGCAGCCUUGGGCGUCUUUGGGUAGUGACCUCCGAUUCCAAUUUGCCGGAGCCUGGGGUGCCUCUCAGUGCAGGAUCCUGUUAGAGGGGCCGGUUGGCAAGGCCUGGUUUUUAGGGGAGCGCUUCCUGCGCCAGACAUGGGGCUACCCCGUUCAGGACAUUCCCUCAGCACCCCCAGACGACAUGCGGACCGCUGAUAGGCUCCCUCCCCAAGGUGUUGUCGACGCCAGGUUGGGUACUGAUGCAUUUCUUCAUCUGGAGCAGGGAGAGUAUGCGACUUAUCGUCACACAUACUUGAUGCCUUCGUUGACGGGAGUCCAUACCCCGACGAGGAGACCUGCUGGUAUGCCCUCAUCGGGCCGGGCUCGGGCUGCGGACGUCUCUUCCACUAGCAGGGCUGGUAUAUCCAGAGGUGGGGGUGGAUUGGUUCCCCCGAUUCCUCCGACUCAUCAUCAUCCUGGGUGGCCAGACAUGCCGACCGAGCUGACGGGAUGGCGAUUCGGGACUCCUUACUCGAUUCCGAUAGAGCCUCCCAUGUCUGACCACAGAUAUGUCAGAGAUCCUGAUUCGCCGCCGCCUCCGGUCGAGUAUAUGGAUGAGAUGCUCAGGAUGAUGGCCGCACUCAAGGGCAUGGUCUUACGGAGAGAGGCACAGUUGUCCAUCAUGGGUGUCCAGAUGCCUCCAGUAUAUCAGCCACGGACCGGGCCAUCCAGGCCUUCCCGGGGAGCCGAGCCAUCUCGACCUUCUUGGGGAGCCGGGCCAUCUCGGACUUCUCGCGGGGCCGGGAGAGGGGAGUCGUCCCGUAGACUUAGAGCACAUAUCGCAGAGGAGGAGCCCGGUGAGGACGAAGAGGAGGAGGAGGCUGCAGAUCGUCAGUCAGAAACAUCUGCUGACAGAGAGGAGGGUUCCGACCCUGGUUUCAGGAGUGGAGAGGAGGCUAAGGAGGAUGCCGAGGAUGACAGCUCCGACUCAGAUAGUGCCGGUGGUGCAGAGCUUGUUCCGCAGAAGAGGACGAAGAGGGCCUCUUAUUCCUGCUCUUGAGAGCAUUGGUGCAGCUG